GGAAGAAACCUCGGGAAAGGCAAUUCAAAGAGAGAUCCCCCUUUCCAGGGACGGCCGGUGGGAUCACAGGAGCUACAUGUCAGCCAACAGUUCAGUUUACAUAGAUAUACAUUUGUAUGAAUAAAUACUACAUUUUCUUUACAGCCACGCUGCUAAGAAGAUCGUCUUCUUAUAGGAGGUGGUGCUGGUGUUCUCAGGUGUCUGCGCUCGAUGGUUUCCUGUCCUCCAGCCUGGAUCUUUCUACAGACUCAUCGCCGCUAACACCCAGGACAGGAAGUGUGUACUUCACGUACUUACCUGUCAGCUCCAUAACUGUCGUCUCCCUGGGAGAUACGAGCUCAGCCUGCCCUCCUCCUGCUCCCAUCAUGCACCUGGGCCAGUGGGCUCUCAGCAGCGAGCAGAGGUGCACUGUGGGACAGGUCAAAGGUCAUGUGGUGUGUUGCUUGUUCCUGCAGCUUCAGUGGAGCUGUUCGCUGUGUGGCAGUGUGUACAGACAGGCCUGCAGCAGCUCUCAGUGUCGUUCGCUCCCAUCCUUUGCAGGUAUUGGCUCUCAGACUGAUCAUGUGUAG